CGCCCGGCCCUGCGCUGGCGAGUAUGCUGUUGGUUUUCCGGGGCGCGUUGUUGUCUGAGAGUUAACAGCCGCCCCGGUGACGCGGUCUCACCCCGGAGCGCCCGGGGCGCGGCCAUGCACCGGCGCGGAGGCCAGAGAGUAGCGCUCUGAGGCCCCGGCCCCGCGGCCCUCCCUGCAGGGAUGUUCAAAAAUGAGUACCAGGGGGGGCCAUUUGUUGAAAUCUUCAGUGCCCAGGGCAAAAAUCCUGGAGCAAAAUGGAAGAUCUUUGGCAGUCCAUCUGUAAUUUGGAAAGAGUUUGAUAAAGAAGUUAAAAGUUUUGUCUUUGUCCUUGAAGGCAGUAGCCAGACCAACAAAAUUCAGUUACCGAAGGAGAAUAAACAAAUUCUUGGCCUGAUCCAGCGGUUUCUUGUACUUCAGAUUUACGUGCCCCUGGGACAAGACUUCUCUACUGAAUUGCUGAUAACUGAUUUAGGGAACAUUAAAAGAAGAUUGUAUUUAUCAACAGUCCAUAAGGAGCUUUCUGCAACCCCUCUCCAUGCAAAAAUUCCACUUUUUAUGAUCAAGCGCAAAAUUUGGUGCAAUCUGUGCAUUGACUUGGUGGCCUUCACGAGUGACAUCUUCAAGGGAGCCGUGUUCCAGUCUUUGGACGGAAUCAUUGUCUCGGCACACUGCAAGCUCCGGAUCUUCACGCUGAAGUCCAGACCUCGAGACACUGUUGACGGAGAUGAUAUAUACGAUGCUCCCUUUACAACAGACGGGCCUACAGGUAUCAUUCCUCGAAGCUGCCAGUUAACUACAGACGUACCUCAAGUCACCCAGCUGCUAAAUAUGACUAAGCUUCGCCAAACAGAAAUGAAAUUUGGAGGCCAGCCCUUAACAUCAGCAGAGCCAGAUCAGUUUAUUAACAGAGGCUCAGGCAGUGCACGAAACAGUAGGAAUCAAGAUGUCUCUCACAUUGCAUUUGGAUCCAAGGUGCUUGGACCACCUCCACCUUCUGGUAGAAGACAUAGCAUAAGAACAUCUAGAGAGGCUGUAAAAUCCAGAAGUAGCAGAACUUGCCAGCAGCCUACUGUAGAAAAAUGUACUAACUGGUCAGAAAUGUCAAGCCUGCAGUUCUAUGAGUCAGAAGAACAAGGAGACAAAGAAAAUAUUCAUCUAGAAAAGCAGAUUACACCUAUUAAUGCUGAUCUCCGUGUUAUGCAUCCACAUCCCCCUCAAGAACCGUCGGCAGAUAAGAGUAAUAGUAGACGAAGACUAAAAAGCACCAGCAAAGACAGAACAGAGACGCCCAGUGGGAGCUCCUCAGGAAACAGCCGUAAUGAAGAUACAACACCAGCCAAGCUCACCACUGUAUACCAUCAAAGAAUGAACAGCGCAGUGACAUUAAAUGUCUCCAGUCAUCAGCAACUAUCUCCUCAUCAGACAGAUGAGUGGGUAUUUCCUGAAAAUUACAGAGAUCAUUUUCCUUUGGACUGCAGCAAACAAUCCAUAACCCUGGAAGACAAUUCCUGCAAUAAUUCACACCAGUUGCCAGAAAACAGCAAAGAAAAUGAAAAUAGCAGUCAAGGAGAAGAAACCCAAAGUGGUCCAGAUGAGGUUUUUACAUUUUCCUCAAGGCCGAGGCCCUUGCCUCAUGGACGGCGUCAGACUGUGUGUGCAGAAGGGAGCCCCUUUCCGAUGGAUCCACAGGAGGAGCACGGUGGGAAGAGGAGAGGAGCCCCACUGGAAGAUGACUUUUGUGGAUGCACCAGCAGCGAAGAGGAGUAUGACUGGACAAACUACGAGCCGAGCCAGAUGAGUGAAUCUGAGCUGCAGAUGCUGGCCAGCAUGAGAAGGCAGCAGACUGAAGAACUGGGAGAUAUCGGGGCCUCUCAUGGUCUGAGCGCGUCUCAGGUUGACAAUUGUAAUGUCAGCAUCAGUAGCAGCAGUGACGAUACCACCACCUGGAACUCCUGCCUUCCACCACCUGUCAAUCAAGGACAUCACUAUCAGAAAGAAAUGGAUCCUCCUUCUCCUAACCCUCGGGAUUGGUUAAAUGUGUUCAGUCCACCUAUUGUGCCCCCCAGCCAGCAGCCUGCAGAGCACCUGGAUUCCCCAGAAAGUCUGAGUGUUCAAGGUGAAGAUGACUUAAGUGCCGAAGAGGACGAGGAAGUGCUGACUCUGCUGUAUGACCCGUGUCUAAACUGCUACUUUGAUCCCCAGACCGGGAAGUACUAUGAACUAGCUUAACCUGUUGUCUGGGGCCCAGGAGGCGGCCUCCUCCAGCAGGACAGCGCCUUGUCAGGUGUUCCCCAGCAAGCGCGUGUGCACUGUGUGGCCACACUUUGAACCAGAAUACUUUGGCACAGAAUCAAACAUGUUUGUAAGUACCACUGAAUGUUCAGAAAUAGCUACGUCAUUUUUACAGAUUUAUGUUCAUUUAAAACCUUGUGGAGGACAGAAUCUUAAGACGAUGGGGGCUUUUUCUUAUUUGUUCUGUAUCAAAUAGAUGAUUUUGUUUACUUCCUAUUAUAAUUCUUAUGUAAACCAAUUAAGACUUAUUAAUUCAUAUGUUUUGCAGUGUUAAUUUGUAAAUGAUGGCUUGAUAUCUGGAAACUGUAUUCUUUUCUUACUUAUUGGGGCACCUUAUAUUUUAUUACGUAUUUGUAUGACCAGAAAGAAAAUAAAGUAUGAUAGUCAAAGGAAA